GUUGCAGUUUACAGAUCUAAUCGGCGAAAUGUUCACAAGCAGAAUUUAGAUCUAAACUGAGACGACUUCUUUUUAGGCCUCACCGAUUAUAAUAGUAAACUAUUCCAUAGUCAAUAAUCACACAAUGUUUAUUGCCAAAUUCUCAUAUAAUUUCAACCUUACCCCUUUCUCCCUUCCUCCGCCACUCCACCGCCAUCGCCAACUCUCAGAUCUGAAGAGUCAUGACAGCUUUUGGCGUCUCUUCGAAAUACAAUUAACAAUAUUCUCAAUUGUUCUCGUUUCAGCCUCGUUGAUCGAUCUAAUCAAAUCAUAGAUGUCGUGUACAACGAGUUGGAUCCAUUGCAGCAAAUUCUGGAAAAAUUGGACGGCACAAGUCCAAGCAGGAGCAGGAAGAAGGUGAAUGCUGUGGAUGGAAGAAUCAAAGAGGCAAUUUGGGGAUUUGAAGACUCACUGGAAUCUCUUCUCAUUCAACACAUUCCUUCACAAUCUGAAAUUCUUCCAGAGAUAGUUUCCAUUGAUCUGCUGAGUCUCGAAAAUGAUGCGAAUUCGUUGAUCCAGAAGCUCGAUGAUAUGAAGGAGGAGUACAUUGAUGAAGUAGUGAAUAUGCCUCAAGACGAACCUAUUUCCUCAUCAAUUGGUUUCCAUGGAAGCAACUCGAAGAUGAUCGGAUUAUCAGAUCAAUUCGAGCAAGUCAAAGCCUAUCUUUUGCGAGGAGAUCUCCCGUGGAGGCUUGAGUACUCUAUCUAUGGCACGGCAGGCAUUGGUAAGACUGCUCUUGCUAUGCAAAUUUAUGAAGAUUCACAAAUUCAGAGCAAAUAUGAGUGUCGCGCGUGGGUUACCGUAGGCAGAGUACCUCAACCGAUCAGCCAAAUUGCACGAGGCAUUCUAGCUCAACUCUUUGGAAUUGCACAGGGAGAUGAAGAAAUUAGUGAUCACUGCUUGGAAGAGAGAUUGAAUGGCAAGAAAUGCCUCAUUGUGUUGGAUAAUGUGUGGGAGAUUACACAUACUCAUGGUGCUAUUCUUUCUCUUAGGAAUACAAUUAACAAUAUUCUCUGUUGUUCUCGUUUCAGCCUCGUUGGUGGCUCUCGACAAAUCAUAGAACUCAUGUACCAGAAGUUGGAGGGAGCCGUUGCAAAGAAUUCCGGGAAGAUUGGACUACACUAGCCCAAGCAGGAGUCGGAAGAAGUUGAAUGCUUUGGAUGAAGUAAUCAAAGAGGCAAUAUGGAAAUUUGAAGACUCAUUGGAAUCCCUUCUCACUCAACACAUUCCUUCAACUAUUCCAGUGACAGUCUCCAUUGAUCUGCAGAGUCUGGAAAGUAAUGUAAAUAUCUUGAUCAAGACACUCAAGCAUAUGGAUAGGUACUAUCUUGAUAAAGUCCUCAAUAUGCCCGAAGACGAACCUAUUUCCUCAUUCAUUGGUUUUCACGGAACCAACUCAAAGAUGAUUGGAUUAUCAGACCAAUUCCAACUACUCAAAACCCACCUUAUAAAUGUUGGAUCCGGCAGCUGGAUUCAUUUCCAUGCACUUUAUGGAACGGCAGGAAUUGGGAAAACUGCUCUUGCUAGGAAAAUAUAUCAAGAUCCAGAAAAUCAGAGCAAAUAUGAGUGUCGCGCGUGGGUCACUGUGGGCAGAAUACCUCAACCGACAAGUCAAAUUGCACGAGGCAUUCUUGCUCAACUGUGUGGAACUGACUCUGUGUGUGAAGAAGAUGAAGAAAUAGGUGACUGCUUGGAAGAAAGAUUGAAUGGUAACAAAAUCCUCAUUGUGUUGGAUGAUGUCUGGGAGGAAAAAGAUUUCUUGGAACAUUCAUUAUCAAACAUCAACACUGGAGGUAUUCAAAUCUUGCUUACUGGUCGACAUCGAAAAUUGAUGAAGGGUCUGAGAUAUGAGAUGCAUCCAUCCCUCAGGAUGAGCUAUGAAUCUUGGAAUGAGGUGCGGUUUUUGAAGGAAGAAGAAAGCAUGGAACUAUUAUGUGAGAAGGUGUUUGGUGACGAGGGUUGCCCUCCUCAACUUCAAAAACUUGCCACCAAAAUUUCCAAGCUUUGUGAAGGUCUCCCUCUCAUGAUACUCACUGUUGCUGACAUCUUAUGGAAAUCCAAGCAUAAUAGAGACCCAACCUACUGAAAGAGAAAUUCCGUCUUUAUGGAUGCAUAUAAUCAAAAUAUCAAAGGUACUUUUACCAAGUUACCGCUACUUGCCUGAACGUCUUAAAAUGCUAUUUCUGUUUAUCGGAGUUUUCCCUCAAGAUUAUUACACACCCAUUUCCAAGAUCAUCCUUAUGCUCAAAGCUGAGGGGUUGUGGGGUAAUUGGGAUUGUUUGAGAGAGCUAGCUAUCGAUUAUAGUCUUGUUUUAUGUAGCAUGAAGAGCGUGAAUAAAAAUAUCAAUAAGAAAUAUAUUGGUGAGUUUAAAACUUGUCGGCUUCAUUCUUCAUGGCAGCACGUGUGUAGAGUUGAAGCUAGCAAGUGUAAGUUUUAUCACGUCUUAAAUAAGUUGAUUGAUGCCAAAGAAGAAGUUCUAAAAGGUCAGCGUGGAUUGUGUCUUGAAAAUAACAUUUUAUUCAGUACCAAAGAGUUUUGCAACUCAGUAAGAUUGAACUGUUCAUUCUCCACACGUUCUCUCCUUUUCUAUUGGCCUUACCACCAAUAUCCGAUCUCUAUAGAUGUUAGUUUCAGAUUGAUUAGGGAAAUAGAUGCUCUUAAGCUGCGUUUCUAUACUUUCCCAGAUGAAAUUCUGUCACUAGUUCAACUAAAGUACCUUGCUCUAACUUGUAACGGAGAAGUCCCUGCAACUAUAUCAAAACUUUUCAACCUCCGAGCCUUGAUUAUCCAUCCAUCAUAUGUACCAAUAGAAAUAUGGGACAUGCAAGAGUUACAACAUAUUGAGAUCUUGGGCAAGAGCCUUGUAGCUCCACCUCAUGUUGCUUCUUUGAAAAAUCUCAAAACACUUGUGGGUGUGAACGCUAGCAUUUGUACCAUCUCGGAACUCUUAAGAAGAAUUCCUAACAUAAGGAAAUUUGGAAUACAGAUUGAGCUGAUGCCUAAUGAAGACCAUAGACACCUUUUGAGUUGUUUUGGCUGCAUUUCGACACUUGAAAGUUUGAAGAUACUCAAAUUCAGUAUCACAAAUCCCGUAGUCAAUCAUGGUAAUGUUUUCUUGGUGACUCGUGGAUCACUAAAGUUGCCACAAGGUUUGGAAAAGUUUCAUUUGAGUGGCAUGGGUUUUCCCUGGGAAUACAUGGAUGUUGUUGGCUCUUUGCCAUAUCUUCGAGUGCUCAAAUUGCGUUCCUACGCCUUUCAAGGGUCUCAUUGGGAAACACAACAAGGAAGGUUUGGGAGUCUUAAGUUUCUUCUAAUGGAAGAAAGUGAUUUGGUGCAAUGGAAACCAGGAUAUGGAAGCUUUGCUAGGCUUUCAUACCUAAGCAUGAAACAUUGCUACAAACUAAAAGAGAUCGGCAUGCCUGCUUUUCUAGACCAACGUGGAUGCAAUCCUUUAGCUUUGACUUGGGCAGACCAAUUACGACCAAGUGUUGGUUCUACGCUUCGUGUAAUUGCCUUUUCUUCAUUUUACAAUAAACCAACAACUUUCAAAUCUGAAAGCGCUGACGAUGAGGAAGAGAAUAACGAUAUUGAAGAAAUUAUUGACUGCCCGAUGAAGGUAUUAUACAUGUCAAUGUUGUGAAGCGAUUAAGAGAGUAGAAGCUUUGUAAGAAAGAUGUGAAUGCAUGAGAAAUUGUUUGGGCAGACGAGCGUUGAAGAAGAUGGUGAAUGUACAUAUAAUCAUGAGGAUGAAACGGAAGAGGAUUAUACUGAAGAAAUUUCAGAUCAAAUGAUGAGUUUUGAAGAAGAUGGCAGGCUUAUGCCGAAGCACCAAUGACAGGGAGCGUGUGCGUUCAUAUGGACAUUAUUUGAUGUUGUGCUUGGUUGUUUGGGCUUCAAGGAAACCUCUUUGAGGCUUUGAGUCUGCUGCUACAGAGUGUUGCACAUGAAUUUUCUCAGCAACUUCAGUGAUUUCUUGGUAUUUUGGUUUGAUUUCCAAUAAAUGAAUUAUUUGGUUGUCACAUGAACUGAAGUAUUGUAAUUUAUGUUGGAUUCUUUUGUGGAUUAUAACUUGAGAGGAUUAUGCAUAUUAUUAUAGGUUGAGUUUGAUUCAAAGUAUUGGCUUGUUAUAUGAAUGGGCAUUUUUGUCAA